AUGCCUCUUAUUUCUCAAGUGAAUCAAACCAAGCCGACUGUUCAACUAGCCUCUGUUCUUCCUGCGACUGUGUCAACUGCUAAAAAUAUUCAGAGUUCUUCUUCUGGGUUAGGAAAUCAAGUUCCUAUUGAUUCUACAAUUGAUCGAAACACGCAGAGAAUUGUUAUUAAUCCUCAACCUUCUUUAAUUCCUCAAUCCAUUUUGGAAUCUCAUGAAUCCUCGAUGGAUCGAAGUCUGCCUAAAUCUCAGAUCUCUGCUCCUGAGAAAGAAAUUCAGAUCCCAGUUGUUAUUUCGAAUACUCAAAAUCUCUCUGGUCUUCAUGUUCCUGCUUCUAAUAUUGUUUUUGAUUCUAUUAUGGUGGAAACUGAUUCUUAUACUUUAUUUCAAAUGGUGAGAGGUUUAGCUGCUGUUCCAUGGAAGAUGCAAUAUUUGUUAGAAAAGAUUAAGCUGUUGUUUAAAUUUCUGAAUUUGCAAAUCAAGCACAUUUAUAGGGAAGCUAAUGGUCUGGCUGACUUCUUAGCUUCCUUUGCUGUUAAAUCAGAACAGUGCACUGAAUUUUCUGCAAAUAAUAUUCUGCCAUCUAUUGGGAGGCUUAUAAUGCAACAAGAUUUAUAUGGAUUUCCCACUGCCAGAUUGAAGAGAUUGAUAUGUGAACAAAGAGAAGGUAUUGGUUAA